CCACCUACAGAAGUUGAUAUCCCACUUAUCAUAACUAUCAGGAAUGGCACUGCGAUAGCCACAGCUGGAGAAGGUGGGGAUUUUGUAUUACAAAACUACAUUCAAGCAAAGGUCAUCCGUAUUAAUGAAACUGAACUAGCACUUGAUCCAAUUAUGAUCAUUGAUGAUGACUUUCCGGAGGGGAAUGAAACAUUUUCCUUGUCACUUAUGAAGGGAGAAGGAACAGAUACAUUGAAUAUUUUCCCGUCAACAUCUCCUGUGACAGUGGUCAUCCAUGACAAUGAUGAGGUUACAAUUGGAAUU